CAGCCAGCGUGAAUGAGAGCAGCCAACUCUUUAAAAACAAGUCAAACCCAAUGAAAUAGUUCGGGUUUGAAACGGGGAGAAGCUUGUCCGGAAAUCAAUCGGGUUGAUGUCGCAUUUCACAAUUAUUUGACUGUUUCUACCCCAAAAACAGAGUGUGUGUAUUGUGUGCGUCUAGUUUCAUUCGUGACUUUUUACCAUCUUUAAAGAAUGUCACGCGAACAGAUUGUGAUGCAUAUGACAAAGGACACCAUCGCAAACAUUGUUCACGUGCGAAAAGUAACAUUGAUUUCACGAUAGGAAAAGUCAAACGGCCGCUUCUCAAUCAACAACGAUCACUACUCAACUUUGUCAAGCAUUACUGGAAGGAAUAUUCCCAUCCGAACGGGAUUCCGUUUCGGAAAACUAACACCAUCUCAAAAAAAAAAACGGCACACGAGAAUAGGAAAGACUAGGAAGGAAUAGGAAGCAUAAAGGGGUGUUGAAGGAAAAACACAACCCCAUAUGUAUGUACAUUCCUACUGAGAAACCGAACUGAGAUCGGAUAUGUAUGGGUUUUUGUUUUUUAGGUUCAUCUUCUGCUGUAAAAAUGGCUCUUGGAAAAUCUUGGAAUGACGUGAAAAGGAAAACGACUUCCUUCCUAAAGCAAAUGCACCUUUGAAGGGACGUUACCUUUUUCGGAUAGUUUAAAGGCCCGUGUUUUCUUAUGUCAUGGUCGUAGGUCUUUUCUUUUAAAAAGUUUAACGGAAUCUCUCAUGCGAUGGAGUUUUGUUUUUUGCUUUCUUUAAAUUGUAUUUGUGCACUCAACUGUUGCUAACUUUAUAAACUUUGACAUUUCUGCGCUGCACCAGCGUAUUGCAAAGUGGAAAAAGGUUAGCUAGAAUCAUCUUUUUUCUAGUCGAAGGGUUUUCUUUUACAACUUGCACACAUUUUCAUGUUUUGUUUGUUAGAUGAAAGUGCUUUGAUUUAAGAGCAGAAGCAUCAAAUGGUAUUGAAAGUUUUGAAAACUGUCCCAAUUCGUAAUUUAACAUCCCUUUUCGAUUUUGGACUAUCAGAUUUAUGAUGGCGAUUAUAGCAACGACAGGAUGAAGAUGCUUUAAACAAAGUACUAUUUUUAUAGAGUAUUCUCGUCGGUCCUUCUAGUCGUGAUAAUGGCGCAAAAUACACAGUUCGAGAACGUUGAUUUUGGAUUAAUAGCAAAAACAAACGAAAUCUUAUCUUGAGUUACAUUUUCCUUUGUCGUUUUCCUUAGUUUUAUUUUAUAAAAUUCAGUACUAAUUUCAUAAAAAAAACUAAAAUAUAGUUUUGAACUGGUUUUUUCCGGCCAUACACUUUACAUAUGUAAACAUGUGAGGUUGGUAAAGUUUACGGUAAAUUUUUCGGUGAUUUCAAACAGUAUAAUUUAUAUUUACGUUGUUUUUCGUUAGGUUUUUGGAUAUUCUUUUCAUUAACCUACCCAACCAAUUGAAAUACUUUACCAAUACCGUUUCGUUUCUUCUUUGUCGUUUAAAUUUACACCCGAAGCUAACCAGCACCAACUUGUGCUGUAUUACGUGUAGCCAGGUCGUCGAGAAGUGCUUUGCGUCCGUGCGUAAUAUCUGCACCGAAUGCACUCGCGUGGAAUGCAGCCAAACUGUGAUAGAGGGUGAUCAGUGUAUUUGUGUUGUGUAAGUGUGUGUGGUGCAAGUGAUUUAACAACACGAGCAUACACGUGCCUCCACAGCAGUGGCCUGCAAAAGAGAGUGAUAGUAGGAGAAAUUUGAUAUAGCAGUGAGUGGAAAACCGGUGGCCUGGGUGGUGUCUGUGUGCAACUCAGCGCCACACCGUACGCGUGCAUUGUUGCACUUGUAACAAAUGCAAUGGAAAAGAGCCGUCACCAUUAGCGUGUUCGCUGGGAUGGCGCUGUGUUAGUGGGUGCUGAUCGAGAGUGUAAAAUAGUGUGAAGAAGGAGGGAAAGAGGGUGCAUAUUCCGUACAUCAGAUUACGCAGCAGUGCAAUUCAAAAGACACAUCUUCAUCCCCAGCUGAGGGGUGAUAAUAUUGUUUCUGAUCUGUGGGCUGGUUCGCACACUGUUACACACGUGAUGCACCGCAACAAAUUAGAGCAGAAAUGUGAAAAAGAAGAGUGAAAGGAAAAGGUGAAAUAGCGGAAAGGUGUGUUUGUGUGUAUAUGUGUAUAUGGUAUUACCAUUGCCGUAACACCCAACAGAAGAAAGUGCAUAUGCAAGUGUGCCGGGUAGGAAUGGUAUGCGAAAAUAAUUUUAAAAUCAAUUUGCAAUAGAAAAAAAUAAGUAGCCUUACGAGCAAUAUAGCAAAGAGAGAAAAAAGGGGUGCAAAAGAAUAUAGUGAUCGUCCAUCGUGCAUAUAUUUCUAUAUAUGCAUGCAUGUAUGUGUCCGUAUCCAGUUUAUUAGCGCCUUUGAGCGUGCAUCGGUGAUUAAAGAAAACAUAGUUUAUCAUAUCGAUGACGCGCCAACCCAAGUGCAAUAACGGUUCUGGUGGAUGAAGCGAUUGUUACCCGCAAAAGGCGGUUCCGCCUAAUAGGCGGCGGUAAAUGGCAAAAAGCCAACGAAACCGUAACCGUAUGCCGCAGGUUAGGAUGCCGGCAUAAUAGUCGAGGGAAAUUAUAUUUGAAAAGCAAAAAUCUUGUGCCCGAUUAGAAUGUUGAGUGUAUGGUUUUUCGUUUAACGCGUUUAUCUGUGUGUUAUUGGCGGGGCGCUUCAUCGCGAAUAUCCACACGAAGAAGUAGUGUGGCCAGUAAAUGAAAAUCAGCAGCAAUAAUCAACCUCCAAGUGCAAUCGUCAGUUGGGUUGCACGUGCAAUGCAAUGAAACAACAGUGCGAGAGCAACCGCAAUAGCAUCAACAGAAAACAGUAGCAGCGUCAUUUGUUUCGUUCGCCGGGUGUUGGUACGACGUCUGUGAGCUAGCUUUACACAUAAACACCAACACAUAAACGCAAGCGCACGCUUAGGACAUAAGACACACAUAAGCAGGCGCCAUCGAUAGAUCGGCAGAUCAUCACCGUCUUCAUCGGCACUGUCGUCCGCGUCGUCGCUCCGGACGACCGGCGUAGUCGGUGAAUUGGACAUGAACAAAUCGCUAUACCCAAGGCACGACGAUGAGCAUGAAAGGAUGGAGCGGAGAGAACGGGAUAAACAAGCCCGUGCCCAACUACAGGCCGAACGGGAACCGGAACCAACAGCACCACUAUUCGCAGCACCGGUUAAAGUGCAAAGUCCAUCCGAUACGGAUAUGCACAUCGCACAGCGACUCGGCAAUUUCGAAGCAGCUAAGAAGCACAUCCUGGAACCGUACACGUCGUAUCAAGUGAUCGGUAUCGCGCCUACCCCUUCGACGCCACUGCGUCCUUCCAGCGUGAUGCCCAGCCUGGUCUCUGGCAGCCACCAUCGGUCGCUUCCACCAAAAACCAAUAGCAAUAGUAGUAGUACCAUUAGCAAUAGUAUCGCCAAUUUCGUUAAGCCAGCCGACAAUCGCUCCAUGUACAAUGGACGACCAUCGUCGUUGUCGGGAUCGAGCGCGGGACGAAGCCAACUACCAGUACAUUACUCGUCCUCAACUUCCUCGUCCACUUCCGCGCCUGGGUCGUUCAACAAACACGAGGUGCAUGGAGUCUCAUCAAAAGGACCGCCUUUAUCUAUUCCGCCUUCGGUAAUGAAUGGGCGAGCAUCGUCUGGGGGAAGCAUCGGCAGCAGUAGUAGUAGCGGUGGAACAGGUGGCCCAUCCUUCGGCAGUGAUAAGUUACCCUCGCAGAUGCCCAACGGUCGACUGCCCCAGGUUGCAAAUGCAAAAAUGCCUAGAGUAAACUCAAGUGAUAUUUCAACUCCGCUCAAACAGGGCAGCAACGUUGAGAAGAUAUUGCACGAAAUGAAGAAGAACAUCUUGACGCCGCUGACGGAGAUUGGGGCAACGCCGCGUAAGGAGCUGGAAUCGAAGUUUAACUUCAACAACCCGAGCGCAAACAAGAGGCACGUUUAUGCCACCCCGGGGUUUUUGGAGCCAUUAGUGGGAGGUGCCGCGAAAUCGUCCCUUUCCGGAUUGGCGAUGCUUCGUCCACUAGGCUCAAACAUAGAGGACGAUAAUCUGAACAACGGUUCCGACAGUGAUGAUGGUGGAGAUGGCGGAUCAAAGAAACGAAAUUCUAGUGAUACCUCAUCGAACGAAAGUGCAGAAGAAUCGUCGAGCGAGGACUCCAACAUUGGCAAUAAACGGGGAGGAAGCAUUCCCAUUUCCAGCGUUCCGAUGAGUGGAGAAGUUAAUGGAAACGUUGGUAGCAUAGCAGGAGUUGAAGGAGUGAUUGGAUCGGCUGGAACAGGUGGUGGUAGUGCCGGUGGAAACACCAGUCCCGUGAGGAGACCGAGCGAUUGGUCGCUUUUAAAUUUCCUAAAGCAACCUACCAGCAGUAGUCAACAAGUGCCAACAAGCGAAAGUGCCCCCCAUAUUGGUGGUGCCACCGGGGACCGUUCUGGUUUGCAUCAUCAUCAUCAACAUCAACACCAUAAUCUGCAGCGCGCGCUCGAGGAAAAUUCCAUAUCAUCUCCAUUGCGACCGCAACGAUUGAGCGGUGUAAGUGACGGUGUACAAGGAUUCAUUGCAUCCCACAUCGCGGACGGACGGUCCGCCACUGGUGCCCCAGUAAAAAACGAACCCCUACCACCGUUGGACGAUGACCACUUGUCAAACGCAAGCAGUAGUGCAAGCAAUGGCGAACUGCCUGCAGGCACGGGUAUGUCUUCGUCCGGUAUCAAUGCAUCAUCCUCGUCGUCAUCGUACGUGAAACAAGAACCGUAUCCCAGCGAAAAUAGUGCCUCGCCUACGCCCGGUAUCAAAAGUGAGCUAAAGGAUGACGGUGCCGACCGGUUAUCGUUGUCCAGUCCCGCGAAAAGUCCGGAACAACAGCAUCAUCCGGUUGGUAGUUUCAAUCUUCACCACCGUCAACAGCAGAACUUUUUCGGCGACAGUAUCGUCGAGCAGGAAGAUGUGAUAUGUGCCCUACAGGAAGCCAAAGAGUUUAGCCUGAUCAAACCUAUCUCGAGCAUGUCGGAUUCCGAUUCGGAAGAUGCAGAUGUACCUAGUACCGUUGGCGGAGAUCAUGAGCAGCAUCGUGUAAAUUUGCAUCACGUUAACGCGCAUAUAGUUCUUCAGCCAGAAGGUGAAGCCGUAGUGUCUGGUAAUGGUGUAGCAGUAUCGGCCACAUCUAACAAUACGAAGAAGAAAAAGUGGAAACGUAAGCUGAUCGCCGGUUCCGGAAACGAACGUGAAGCUCGCGACAGUUCAACUAGCAGUGAAGACGAACGGUAUGGUGCUACAAGGCGGAGUCGAUCGCAGUCCUUUGAGAAGGAUAAAACACAUCUGAAAGCACGGGGACGAGUGCGCAAAGGACACAAUACUCAUAGCAGUGGAGGAGGUGGUGGUGGUACUACGAGUGCCGCAUCCAGUGCUCGCUAUUCAGAUGCGGACUCGAUAGCAAGCGGCGGUGGUGGGCACCGGUCCAGCAAAACGUCAUCACACGGAUCGACACCAACGAAAAAGGGUGGUACCGCGUCGGUGGUAAACUCCGUAGCGUACACUCACGGAAUAGGUGAUACGGGAGGUGUUGCGGGUAUAAUGAGCCCUCCGAUUAGCAUACCGUCUGUGGAUAGAAUUGUGCUUUCGAAAAAAGUAGCAUCCCGCAAAUCGCGCUCCUCGAAGAUUCGCAGCAGCGAAACAGUGCUUUCUACAGAGAGUAGUUCCACAUCUUCUGGUUCUUCUAUCGAAGCUGGUGGAGUAGCAUCAUCAGCAGAUUCUGCCGAUUCAGAUUCUGGCAAUGAACGAUCGAUACCGGCACCAGUUGAUAUCGCUCCCGUUGUGCCAGUGGUGAAGACGAAGAAACAUAAAACGAAGAAAAAGCACGAUAAGACGAUAACAGUUGACGUUCCCACUACCAACAUAUCGACAAGCAAGGGAAACAAAGUGAUCGCUGGUGAAGUUUCAAACAAACAUGGGCCAAGUAAUGGUAGCGGAAGCAGUCGGAGUAACAAUAACUUCAACCUGCACAAUCUUUCCUCCGACAGCAAUGACGAAAGGGCUUCUGCAUUGUCUUCUCCGUUUCAAAGCAACGGAGGAAAAGUGACCGAAGUCACAACGAGUGGAAGCUUCUCCAAGAAAAGCCAUAAACUGUCAAUGAACCAGACAUUAGCCCAAGAGGAUGAAACCCGCGUAUCGAACACCAAUGGUAACAAAACUGUCGACGACGAUGAUGACGAUGAUGACGAUCGCUCUGAUACUCACAGCGAUAGUGAUAGCGAUACUCCAACCAAAAAAGAGACGCAGAAGCAAAACAAAAAUAAGAAAGCGGCUCUGUUUGCUCGAGUGUUUAUAAAUACGGCCGCUGGUAGUGGUGGUAAGGGAAAGGGCGGUAAAGGCAAAGGCGGGAAGGGCAAAGGUCAGGUAUACAUUGACCAUGUGGAUGAGCUAAAUGUGACGAAAAGCAAUGGGACUUCGACGACACCAAAUGCCAACAGCCAAACAGUAACGAACGCGGAGCAGCGUCGGUCAACCCAGCAGCAUCUUAUCGUGCCAGAGCUUUUGGGCAACGUGGAAACACCACCGAGACCUUCUUCCGAAACGGGAGAGAGUCGUCCGAACAGUCGAGCAACAGGGGUUAUUGCUGCCGUCUCGCCUACGCUGGAUAAGAUGCUCUUCUCACAUACCAGUGGUGCCUUAAGUAAUAACAACCUUUCGCUUGUCUGUCGGAUAGAUUUGAGUCGUUUGUUGAAAAUUCCACCGCCGCCAGCACAGAAUCGACCACAGUCUGGGCUGCGGGCCCACGAAAGCUACAACGCACACCGCAGUGCCUCUUCCGCGCGUCAGAAGAGCAGCAGCCCUUACGAUCAAUUGCACGGCAAACGGCGCCGGAAUUCGGUUGGCCAACAAGAGCAACACGAUCGUAGUGGCAGCUCCGUGCACAGUUCCUCCUCUACCCCGAGGCUAUUGGAAGAUCGUGUAACGUACGGUGGAAGUGUUCCCUCCCGUAUUCUUGCGGACGACUGUUCCCCGGUGUUAGAGAAUGGAGGCGGUUCGUUGCGACAUCGGAGUAAUUCCAUUAACAGUGAUCAUAGCGGUGCGGCUCAAAAGGCUAGGGAAUAUCGUGGCGGAAUUGAUGCAGCUUAUGGAAAUAAUUCACCUUCAAUGCACCAGCGACAUAAUCAUCAUACUACCUACACUAACCAUCACCAUCUUGGCAGUCAAUCUGAAAUCAAUUCAAAAGGUGUCGAAAGCGAAAAAUAUGACGAAAAGUUGUUAGCUAAAUCAGAAAAACUCAACUACGAUGAACAGCAGCAACGCCUAAAAGAAGAUAAAGCAUCCUCUCUGUUGUUUGGCGGUAGCCGCGUGGGUAACGGAAAAUAUUCCAGCUAUAGUGGCGUAAUAAAACAGGAAGGCAGUGCGGGAGCAGCUCAAUCCAUAAUCAAGCAAGAGUACAAUAGAGAAGAGCUGAUGGUUGACAGUAAGCUUGGAAAGCAACCGGUGGGUUCUAUAUUGACAAACGGUACGGCAGGAGAGGGAGAAUCCAUUGGCACGUUGGGUGGAAGCGGUCGGAUGCGUAAACGGUCUACUAGUGCCGGAAGUAACAAUACGUACAAGGAGAAGCGCCGAAAAAAGGACAAAUCAUCCGCAAAUUUACAGACUGAUCAACUUGACCAACUUCCUCCGACCAAUCAUGACCGGUUAGAUGAAUGUGCUCUAGGAGCAAACUCAGGACGGACAGCACUAACGACAGAAAGGAGCUCCAUCGGUGGACAGCAGCAUCCGGCAGCAUUGCAUCACAGUAGCUCGAAUCAUCAAAGUCAACAGCAACAGCAUCUGAUAUCAUCAGUCAGUUCUGGCAAUGGAUUUGAUUCAGUCAAUGCACCAAUUACCGACGGUAACGUUGGAACACCAGUAGAAAUCCCGGUGCAGAUCAAAAAGGUGUACGUGUCGUAUUUCGAGCGCAGCGACGAAAUACCGGAAAUACGGGACCAAAGCCGUUUUCUGUCGGAAGCCAAACGAUUAAAACACGCAGCUGAUCGAGAGGGAGAUCAUUUAGCACAAGCAAUGUUGUACCUGGAAGCCGUGUUGUUUUUCUUGCUCACCGGAGACACGAUGGAACGGGAUCCGAUAACCGAGAAAGCUGCCUUCACGAUGUACAAAGAUACGCUUUGUUUAAUUAAAUUCAUUUCGUCCAAAUUUCGUAGUCAACUACAAAAUCAAACAGUCCAGGGUAACAUUCAUACUAAGGUGGCCAUUCUGAGUCUGCGUUGUCAGUCGUUGAUCUAUCUCAAGUUGUACAAGAUGCGCCGACUUGAAAUGAAAGAAACGGCAAAGACAAUCGGCGAAUUUAACCACAAAACCAGCACAGUGCCGGCAGAGUUGGCUAAUGGAAACACUCCAUCACCACUUUCACCAACGUCGGUUGGUUCGCAGAGUUCCGGUUACAGUUCCGGCCAGAACAACCACGUUGGAUCAAUACCGCCGAUGAAUUCGUCCCCUGCCCAAUGCAUUAUUAUGCCAAUAAACGUUCACAAUGCGUAUCAAAAGCAGACCACAUUGUUUACACACCUUUCCACUUGUCUUGAUCUUUGGGAGCAAGCGGACAGCUUAGUUUCGCGAGGGAACCAUGUCGAAUUUUUCAUUGAACUGGAUCACGAAAAUGGACCCAUGACGCUGCAUAGCUCACUGCACAAUGUCGUAAAGUACGUGCAAGCCGGGAUUCAGAAGCUUCGGCGCAUGUAACAUUGGGCAUUGCUGGUAGAACCGGUGCAGAAGCAGCUAGAACCGUUCUAGCCAGUUUGCUAUUCUUAUUGACAAUAAUGAGCAACGAUAAAACGGAUGGGAACGGUGCUGGAAAUAUGGAAGGCAAAAUAGGAUAUAUUGUGUGUGCUUUAGCGAAUCUCUCUCACACAAAACACACACACUGCAAUCCAUCGAUCAACACUAUCCCACUUUCCACCACACAGCAAUGACUAUGAUUAUGGACCAGCAAUUUUUCCGUGAAACGAAGCAGAACAUUCAAAAGCAAUCGUCAUGAGGAUGCAAUUCAUCAGUACACCGCAAGAUAGAAAUUAUGAUCGUUAAUGUGCAAAACAUGGUGCUAUGUCCGUCAUCGGAAUGAUGUUCAACCGUUCGUUGCAUUCACCGAUUGUAAGUAAAAUGAAAUGUUUGCACACCGUUAGGUGUUGGUUCGUGCGUGAACUUUUGCAAUCAUUAAAUCUAAUAUCCAAACACAUGGGAACAUUGAAUGGCCGUAGAACUGUAAGCAAAAAACCGAAGCUGGUGGUGAUCAGCAUAAAAAACAAUCAACAGCUAUUGAGCAAAAGCAGCAUCGUGAUCGUUGGUCAAACUACAUAGCUCAACUGUGUACGCUUUUGUUACUUCACAGCCGUAGAGGCAACUAACUAAUCAUGUUUGUUAUACAAGGAUCAUACUAGAAGGGUGUAUAGAAUAAUUUAUAUGUUGUCUUGCUUUCUCGUUGAACAUAACGCUGAAUAAUGGAUUAAGUUAUGAAUAAAAACAACAAAAUUGUAGCAAACCAUCCUGCAUAGAAGAUAACGAAGAUUUUUGUUGUUGUUGUGGAGUCGUCUUUUACGAGUGUCUGCCAUUUUAGGGAACUUUAGUGAGGGUUUGCUAAGGUAUGCUACAUUGGUUAAUUGAAUUAUCAGCUUUUAAAUAUGCUGGUGUAGUUUGUGCUUUCUAGCGGACUGACGUUUUACUUUUGUCUCCCAAACCACGUGUAUUUUGUGCUUAAAUUCAUCACCGGCGCUUGCAUUGUAAUGGUGUUCUUAGUAAGAUUUACAGUAGUUCGUAUAGACUGGCAAAGCCAGCAUCGAACAGUGUUGGGACAAUUAGUCAACAAGAGCGAAAAUUUCCUACAUUUUUUAAAAGGAAACAUAAGGAACCUAUUAGGAACUACCGAUGGUCCCGUUCCUAUCCGGUAUGAAUAUUAAAACAUAAAUGUAGAAAGGUAGAUGCUGCUGGUAGGCGAGGAAAGUGCAUCAUAUGUUUUUUUAAAUAUACAAUUGAAAGGUAUCCAACAACAGCUACAUUUAGUCAGAGAAUCAAUGAUGAGGUGAAACAAUAGCAGUAAGGCUAUUUUAUAUGUUGUUUAUAGAGUUUUUAAUUAUUUACAUGCUUAAUGCUCACAUAAUAAAUAGCGCGACGUGUACACACGAAAGACUUAUUGAAGAGACAUACAAAAAGGGCAAGACUUUUAGCAAAGUACAGAGCUAGAUCACAGAUUAAUGGUAACAAAAGGUAACACACAUUGCGUAACAGUGUAGUUUAAUUUAUAGCAAAACCACAGCGAAGGUAACGAUGGUGGCUUACAUCAAAGAUUAUUUAAAGAAAAUUUAGUCAAAAGAAAGCCAAUUUGUGAGAAUAUCUGCCAAUGUAUCCCUUGCUCUUGCCCCAUACCUUGUUCGAUGUGGAUCAAUGGUUAAUCGUUAACUCGUUUGUUUGCAACCUAUCCGAAUAAUUGUGCCAAUCAUUGGCUUAAACAAAAAAGUGCAACACAUCGCUUUAUGUCAAUUAGUUUUGUUUUGCCGAUCAAGUUGCAAAUUUUGCCGAUCAAGAUGCCUUGAAUUAUAUAUUUCAUAUUUUAUUAAUUUUUCUACGAUUGUAACCCUAAAACACAUUUUGAAGAGAUUGAAUUGAUUCGUUUACGCUGAUUGGGUAAUGUGUUCGAUUGAAUAUGCUUAACACGGUACUAUGGCAUCCCUUCUUAAUUGUAUUGAAAUUGGUUCGACUUAGUUUAUGCAACUUGUACAACACAUUGUAAUUGUUUUCAAUAUUAAGAAGAAAAAUUUUGGAAAUUGUUGCUAGUAACAUAGUGAUAUACUUUCUCCUUCCAAUCACCCACCUACUACUACAGAUACAGGAUAGGCGAAUGAUUAUAUGGUUUUUGGGUACAUUUAUGAGUUAUAUAUAAUCAGUCUAGGCAGACCUUCCACAAUUGAAAAGGCACCUCAAAAUGAGAAAAAAAAGAACUGCAACAGCUCAAUUACUAAAAUAAAGAUGCCUCCAAGCCAUAUGAAGUUGAUAAUUCCGGAACCUAAACCUUACCAAAUUCUGAGAUUGUCAAUCGUGCGGGAAAUUAAAACUUGGGUAUAUGGGAACAUUAAAAGCAAAACACGAGCACACUACGAAAUAUGCUUACAAAACGUUUUUAUAGUUUUGUUUUAUUAAUGAUAGGUAGUUUUGUUUUUAUUUAUUGUUCUUUUGUAUUCAUUGGCCAUUUUUAUUGCACAGUAUAAAACAGAUAAUUUCGAUGAUUAAUUACUGUUGAUACCUGCUAACAAAUGUUGUUACUCGUAAUGCCAUCUGGUUUAAUGCGCCAUCUUGUGAUGCGUGUGAAAUCUAUUAUUGGUUUUUGUUUCUGGGACCAAUGGUUUCAUAUCAAUAGUACUCCUCUCUCUCUAUAGUACUGUAUCGCUAUUGAGCCUUCUCUUACUAAUUAGGGUUUGCUGAUUAGCAAGCCGAGUCAAAACUGUUGGGCACAAAAUGAUGAUUUAAAGCCUAUUGUUAUGUAAGAUCAUUGAAACGGGUAGAGAGAAGCAUCAGAACCUUAAUACAUAUGACAAGCGUGAAUAAAAGAAUGCUUGGUUGCACUAAUUCGAUUGUCAGUCGUGUAUAAAUCCUCCGAUUCCGUUACACUACCUGUGCACCCGCAUCAAUGACGAACCAGUUAAAAAAGCAGAUUAAAAAGAGAAAGUCUUGUGAAAAGCGAUCACUCAUUUUAUGAUUUUUUUUUCAAUGCCACAGUAUACCAAAACACGUGUAACAAACUAUUAAAGGAACAACCAACAAUGCAAUUCAACUACAAUAUUACUGGAAGCGAGUGUUCAUAGAACGGGACAGUACGAAUGUGGCUGGGGUAAAAGUUGAACAAGACAAUGCAAAACACCUAUAUUCAUUCACAAAGUGCAACUCAACUCAAAGCAAAAGCAACUAUUGAUAAUUUAAGUGAGAGGAAAGCGUAAACAUAACUGGUAACAGAAAACCUGCAGGCAUCUUUGCACGAAACUUUUUUGCAAAGUGCUACAAACUGAAAGCAUUACUAAACUAAAAGACUAUAAUAAUGUACGAAACAAACAACACGAACCACUUAAAACCGAUUCAAAGAGCAAUGGCAAUUAGAGCAACAAGUUCUUGUAGAUGAUUUCAGAUUUGAUGUGGUAUGCUUUUCAGAUGGUUGACAAACAUUUGACGUAACAAAAAAACUACAAAACUAUGUAACACACCACACAAUAAAUAGCAUUACGUUUGGGACAGCCGAGGCACCCGUAAAUAAAAUGACAUUUGAACCUGUAGCUAACAUUUAUAACAAGUAGAAACUGGUAAGAAUGAAGCCGACAACAAAUCGACUCAACAAGGAACAGAAAGUUAAAUGGAACAGAAGCUUAAAGUGUAUUGUGAGAUACUAGAUAUUAGCGCUAUACAUCUCUAUAUAUACACACACUUGCAUACACAUCGAUAUAUAAAUAACUAUAUAUUGUAUACAGAGUGGUCGACACAAAUGGAGGUGACAAAUUGAGUUAGAGUUAUAAGACAACGUAGGGAAUCAAAAUUGUAAAAACAAACAAGCAACUAACUAACAAGCAAACAAUGGCAAAUCGCUACAGAAACACUCAUCAGAUAUAGCCGAAAGGUAAGACUAGAGAGAACUUCUGCAUUUUAAAGCAGCUGAAGCAAUGUGCAUACACUGAAGCAAAACAUACAAUGUGGAAAGUGAAGGAUUGAAGGUCGAUUUUAAGGAAAUGAUACAGCACAUAAAACAACAAUUGACUUAGAGUUACUAUGUAAAAUACGCAUACAGAGAACCUAGCAGCAAUGAACGAAAAGUGUCAGUAAGUCAAACUAUAUUCAUAAGAGAGAAACUCAACAGUAAGCGAGACAAACAGCAAAACGUAACGCAAAAGCCUCAUGUGGCAAUAUCUUGGUGUUUAAAAUGCGUAAAUAAACACAUUUUUUCUUGUUUAUCGAGCGGGUUUGCAAACAUACGCUCCCAAAUCUAACGCGAACAAGCGCGACAAACUAAUAAAAAGGGACGAAACGGGGAUGGAACUUUAUUUAUGGUGAUAAGUGAUUGAUAAUUAAACACAAGACGAUGUGUAACAAAAGGGAGUGGGAAUCAUGCUUGCGUGCGUCCUUUUGAGAUGAACGCAAGGACUAUAUAGAAAAGAAAAGAAGAAAAAAAAACAAGAAACUGAAACAAAAACACAAAAUCGUAACAGAGUAGAAUUGUAAAUAAAUUCUAUAUACACAAGUAC